CAUGGAGGAGGCUCUUCUUCAUGCCCAGGCGCAGUCCCUUUACGGGGAGCGUUCUGGAGAGAAGCAUGUUAUUGACCUUUGGCUGGAAGGAAAACAUUUCAUCCCUCUUGUGAAGGGGAUGUAAAAGGGAGGAGAAAAAGGCUAUUGACUCCAUCAGAGGUUAUCCAUUUGAAAACACCGUUUUCCUCCGAACAGCAUCUAAUUGCUUCCUGAACAAUUUCAAGGUCCUUUGUAUAGACUCAGUGGGUAAAAACAAGUGACUCCGGGUCUCUCUCUCCCUCUCUCUCUCUUUCUCCAUCUCAAGAUACUGAUGACCAAAUGCAGUGCAAAUAUGUAGAGUACAGAAGCCAACGGAAAAGCGUCAGGGCAGAAAACGCCAGGAUGAUGCGGAGAUCAUUUCUGAAGUGGUUACAGAGAGAGAAGGGGUUUUUUUUUUGCAUCUGACUGUUUGCAUAGUUCCAGUCGUCUGAUAUUAGUAAAUUACAGUGCUACCGGGAGCGAGACAAUACCCGCCUGCGGGGGUGGGAAAGAAGUUUGGAUCCAAAAUAUGUGAUCAUGUAGCAGAGCGAUACGCUAGGAAGCAGCGGGGAAGAGAAUCCGGCACAUCCCAGCGUAGAACCGUAUGGGUUGACCAGGCUGCCAGCGUCCACAAUGCCCUGAAUACAGAAGCCUGGUGGAAGCCGACGAGACUGGCCUGCUAGCCCUCCUGUCCCUUUCCCUCUUCCCUCCCACUUUAGUUGGCUUAUAUUUAUUUUGUGGUUGGGGCGUGUGCACGGCCUUGGCCGGAUGUGACACUGCUGUGAUGUGGCUCCUUCGCCUCAAGCACCACCUGUCCGUUAACAUCUGGACCCUGCUGCUCUUGGGGAGUGCCUGGCUACCGCUGGCGGAAGGCGCCCCCAAGUCCCCCUUUAGGACUUUUUCCGACACAGACUGGAGCUUGACGCACUUGGUGGUUCACAACAAAACUGGGGAGGUCUAUGUGGGUGCUGUCAACCGGAUUUACAAGCUCUCCAACAACUUGACACAGCUGCGCAUCCAUGUGACGGGGCCAGUGGAUGACAACGAGAAGUGCUACCCCCCACCCAGCGUCCAGUCCUGCCCUCAUGGGCUGGUCACCACUAACAAUGUCAACAAGCUGCUACUGGUGGACUACUCAGAGAACCGUCUGAUCGCCUGUGGCAGUGCCUCCCAGGGCAUCUGCCAAUUCCUGCGCCUGGACGACCUCUUUAAGCUGGGUGAGCCCCAUCACCGGAAGGAGCACUACCUCUCCAGCGUGAAUGAGUCAGGCACCAUGUCUGGCGUCAUCAUCGAGGUGUCCAACGGGCAGAACAAGCUCUUCAUUGGGACUCCUAUUGAUGGAAAGUCGGAGUACUUCCCCACGCUCUCCAGCCGCAAGCUGAUGGCCAACGAGGAGAAUGCGGAGAUGUUUGGCUUUGUCUACCAGGACGAGUUUGUCUCCUCCCAGCUGAAGAUCCCCUCAGACACCCUCUCCAAGUUCCCCACCUUUGACAUCUACUACAUCUACAGCUUCAGCAGCGAGCAGUUUGUCUACUACCUGACCUUGCAGUUGGACACCCAGCUCACUUCGCCUGACUCCACGGGUGAGCAGUUCUUCACCUCCAAGAUUGUCCGUCUCUGCGUGGAUGACCCCAAGUUCUACUCGUACGUGGAAUUCCCCAUUGGCUGUGUGCGGGACGGUAUUGAGUACCGCCUGAUUCAGGACGCUUACUUGACCAAGCCCGGCAAGGCUCUUGCCAAGCAGCUGGGGAUCUCGGAGCGAGAGGAUAUUCUUUUCACCAUCUUCUCUCAGGGCCAGAAAAACAGGGUCAAACCCCCCAAGGAGUCGGUCCUCUGCCUUUUUACUCUGAAGAAGAUCAAGGACAAGAUCAAGGAGCGCAUCCAGUCUUGCUACCGAGGGGAGGGAAAACUCUCGUUGCCUUGGCUCUUGAACAAGGAAUUGGGCUGCAUUAACUCGCCUCUGCAGAUCGACGACAAUUUCUGUGGCCAGGAUUUUAACCAGCCUCUGGGGGGGACGAUCACCAUCGAGGGGACGCCGCUCUUCGUGGAUAAGGAGGAUGGCAUGACCUCAGUGGCGGCAUAUGACUAUCGCGGGAACACAGUGGUCUUUGCUGGCACACGGAGUGGGAGGAUCAAAAAGAUCCUGGUGGACUUAUCCAGCACCGGUGGGCACCCAGCAUUGCAGUACGAGAAUGUUGUGGCCCAUGAAGGCAGCUCCAUCCUGCGUGACCUGGUGCUCAGCCCCGACCGCCAGCACAUCUACGCCAUGACUGAAAAACAGGUGACACGGGUGCCCGUGGAGAGCUGUGAGCAGUACAAGAGCUGUGCGCUGUGCCUGGGCUCCAGGGAUCCCCACUGUGGCUGGUGUGUCCUUCAUAACGUUUGCUCACGGAAGGACCGGUGCGAGAGGGCUGACGAGCCUCAACGCUUUGCCUCUGACCUGCGCCAGUGUGUCGAGCUCACCGUCCAGCCCAAGAACAUAUCGGUUACCAUGUCUGAGGUCCCGCUGGUGCUGCAGGCCUGGAAUGUCCCAGACCUCUCGGCUGGGGUGAACUGCUCCUUUGAAGACUUCACUGAGUCCGAGAGCCGCAUCGAAGAUGGGAGGAUCUACUGCAGCUCUCCCUCUGCAAAGGACGUCAUCCCCAUUACCAGAGGCCGGGGCGAUAAGCGAGUGGUAAAGCUCUACCUGAAAUCCAAGGAGACUGGAAAGAAGUUUGCCUCUGUGGAUUUUGUCUUCUACAACUGCAGUGUCCACCAGUCCUGCCUCUCCUGCGUGAAUGGCUCGUUCCCAUGCCACUGGUGUAAAUACCGUCACAUCUGCACCCACAAUGCUGCGGAGUGCUCCUUCCAGGAAGGACGUGUGAACAUGUCUGAGGACUGCCCACAGAUCCUGCCCUCCACCCAGAUAUACAUCCCUGUGGGUGUGGUGAAGCCCAUCACCCUGACGGCCAAGAACUUGCCCCAGCCGCAAUCUGGACAGCGCAACUACGAGUGCAUUUUCCACAUCCCUGGCAGCACCACCCGUGUCACUGCCCUGCGCUUCAACAGCACCAGCAUCCAGUGCCAGAACACCUCGUAUUUCUAUGAAGGGAAUGACAUCAGCGACCUGCCCGUGAACCUGUCCGUGGUAUGGAACGGAAACUUCGUCAUAGACAACCCCCAGAACAUCCAGGCUCACCUGUACAAGUGCUCAGCCCUGCGAGAGAGCUGUGGCCUUUGUCUCAAGGCAGACCCACGGUUCGAGUGCGGCUGGUGUGUGACAGAGAAGAGAUGCUCACUGCGGCAGCAUUGCCUGGCCUAUGAGAGCAGCUGGAUGCACACCAGCAAUGGCAACAGCCGCUGUACGGACCCCAAGAUCCUCAAGCUAUCGCCUGAAACAGGCCCACGGCAGGGAGGGACUCGCCUCACCAUCACCGGGGAGAACCUGGGCCUGAAGUUCGAGGAUGUGCGCUGGGGAGUGCGGGUCGGCAAGGUGGUGUGCAACCCCAUUGAGAGCGAGUACAUCAGCGCAGAGCAGAUUGUCUGUGAAAUCGGAGAUGCCAGCCCCAGCAAAAUCCAUGAGGCCCGUGUGGAGGUGUGCAUCAGGGACUGCUCCCCCAACUACCGGGCCACCUCCCCCAAGAGCUUCACCUUCGUGACUCCUACCUUCUCACGAGUGAUCCCUGCCCGGGGUCCUCUCUCAGGAGGCACCUGGAUUGUCAUCGAGGGCAACCACCUCAAUGCUGGCAGCAACGUCACAGUGACAAUCGGGGGACGGCCUUGUGCCUUUUCAUGGAGGAGCGCCCGUGAGAUCCGGUGUCGGACGCCCCCCGGUCAGAGCCCCGGCGGGUCACCCAUCCUCAUCAACAUCAACCGAGCAGAGCUCAGCAAUCUGGAGGUGAAGUACAAUUACACGGAGGACCCCACCAUCCAGAAGAUCGACCCUGAGUGGAGCAUCAACAGUGGUGGGACGCUGCUGACCGUGAUUGGCACCAACCUGGCCACCAUCAAAGAGCCCAAGAUCCGUGCCAAGUACGGCAGCUCUGAGAGGGAGAACAACUGCACUGUCUACAAUGACACCACCAUGCUGUGCUACGCCCCCUCCAUUGACAACCCUGUACGGAGUCCCCCGGAGAUCGGUGACCGCCCAGAUGAGAUCGGGUUUGUCAUGGAUAACGUCCAGGCACUGCUGAUUGUCAACACCACCAAUUUCGUCUACUACCCAGACCCUGUCUUCGAACCCCUUAGCCCCUCCGGCAUGUUGGAGCUGAAGCCCAGUUCUCCCCUCAUCCUCAAGGGCCGGAAUCUGCUUCCACCAGCUACUGGUAACUCCCGGCUCAACUAUACGGUGCUGAUUGGAGAAACUCCCUGUGCCCUGACCGUCUCUGAGACCCAGCUGCUGUGCGAGUCCCCAAACCUGACUGGGCAGCACAAAGUCACGAUCAAGGCUGGAGGGUUUGAAUUCUCCCCGGGGACACUGCAGAUCUACUCGGACAGCCUCCUGACACUGCCAGCCAUCAUUGGGAUUGGUGGUGGGGGCGGGCUCCUUCUGCUCAUCAUCAUCAUUGUCCUCAUCGCCUACAAGCGCAAGUCCCGUGAUGCUGACCGCACAUUGAAGCGCCUCCAGCUGCAGAUGGAUAACCUGGAGUCCCGCGUGGCCUUGGAGUGCAAGGAGGCCUUUGCCGAGCUGCAGACAGACAUCCAUGAACUGACAAAUGACUUGGAUGGGGCUGGCAUCCCCUUUCUGGACUAUCGCACCUAUGCCAUGAGGGUCCUCUUCCCAGGAAUAGAAGACCACCCCGUGCUGAAGGAGAUGGAGGUUCAGGCCAAUGUGGAGAAGUCCUUGACUCUUUUUGGGCAGCUCUUGAACAAGAAGCAUUUCCUGCUGACCUUCAUCCGCACCUUGGAGGCACAGCGUAGCUUCUCCAUGCGGGACCGGGGCAACGUGGCCUCCCUGAUCAUGACCGCCUUGCAGGGAGAGAUGGAGUAUGCCACCGGCGUGCUGAAGCAGCUCCUCUCGGACCUCAUUGAGAAGAAUCUGGAGAGUAAGAAUCACCCCAAACUGCUCUUGCGGAGGACUGAGUCUGUAGCGGAGAAGAUGCUGACAAACUGGUUCACCUUCCUGCUGUACAAGUUUUUAAAGGGUCCCUUCAGCAGCUGGUGCCCUGGCAGCACUUCUGCCUCAGUAAAGCUGCACAGAGCUGGCAGAAGCACGUGGUUGUGCCCAGGCUGUGGGGGCUCCAUAGUGGUGGCUGCUGGCCUUGACCAGAACUCCUGCUGGCAGAGCCAGGAGUGUGCUGGAGAGCCUCUUUUCAUGCUGUACUGUGCCAUCAAACAGCAGAUGGAGAAGGGACCCAUUGAUGCCAUCACAGGAGAGGCCCGCUACUCCCUGAGUGAAGACAAGCUUAUCCGGCAACAGAUCGACUACAAAAUGCUGACGCUGAACUGUGUGAACCCUGAGAACGAGAAUGCCCCCGAGAUUCCCGUUAAAGUGCUGAACUGCGACACCAUCACGCAGGUGAAGGAGAAGCUGCUGGAUGCCGUGUACAAGGGUGUGCCCUACUCCCAGAGGCCCAAAGCAGGAGACAUGGACCUGGAGUGGCGACAGGGCAGGAUGGCCCGUAUCAUACUGCAGGAUGAAGAUGUGACCACAAAGAUAGACAAUGACUGGAAAAGGCUGAACACCCUCGCCCACUACCAGGUGACAGAUGGCUCCUCAGUGGCUCUGGUGCCCAAGCAGAACUCAGCAUACAACAUCUCCAACUCUUCCACCUUCACCAAGUCACUCAGCAGAUACGAGAGCAUGCUUCGGACAGCCAGCAGCCCAGACAGCCUGCGCUCACGGACCCCCAUGAUCACACCCGACCUGGAGAGUGGCACCAAGCUCUGGCAUCUAGUGAAAAACCACGACCACAUGGACCAGCGGGAGGGUGACCGGGGCAGCAAGAUGGUCUCUGAGAUCUACCUGACCCGCUUGUUGGCCACCAAGGGCACCUUACAGAAGUUUGUGGACGACCUGUUUGAGACCAUCUUCAGCACAGCCCAUCGUGGGAGCGCCCUGCCCCUUGCCAUCAAAUACAUGUUCGAUUUUCUGGAUGAACAGGCUGAUAAACAUCAGAUCAAUGACUAUGAUGUCAGACACACCUGGAAGAGUAACUGUCUACCUCUGCGAUUUUGGGUGAAUGUGAUUAAGAACCCCCAGUUUGUGUUUGACAUUCACAAGAACAGUAUUACUGAUGCCUGCCUAUCAGUGGUGGCUCAGACAUUCAUGGACUCCUGCUCAACUUCUGAGCACAAGCUAGGGAAAGACUCUCCCUCCAACAAACUACUGUACGCCAAGGACAUCCCCAACUAUAAGAGCUGGGUAGAAAGAUAUUACGCAGAUAUUGCUAAAAUGCCAGCAAUCAGCGAUCAGGACAUGAGCGCAUACCUGGCAGAGCAGUCGCGGUUACACCUGAGCCAGUUCAACAGCAUGAGUGCGCUGCACGAGAUCUACUCGUACAUCACCAAGUACAAGGACGAGAUUUUAGCUGCUUUAGAGAAGGACGAACAGGCACGGAGGCAACGGCUGAGGAGUAAGCUGGAGCAGGCAAUUGACACAAUGGCCCUAAGCAGCUGAAAAGGCCGAGGCAGCCCUGAUGACUACCCGAGCAGUGCAGACUACAGGAGAGGGCCAGCCAGCGGCAGCAGCAGCAGCAUACUUUGGGUCCAGCGCCAAAUGGACACGCGGAGCCUGCCGCGUCUCGAGACACUUACCAUAAACCAACCAGGCCACCUACCACCGUACCAACCACAAUCCAACCCGAACGACCCAGAGACCUUUCUAAAGGAGCAAUGUAGGGAGCAGUGUGAUGGAGCCGAGACCCAUGUGGUGUGGCGGCGCCCCCCAGCGGAGCUGCUCCUCCUGUGAGCACGCUCCAGAUCGAAAGGCUGGAGGCUCGGGGCAGCCACGCUAACUUCUAGGACAAUGUUUUUAUGUUCUUGUUUUGGGUGGCAGGAGGGUGGGUGGGCUUCGGGUUUUACUGUACUUGACUUGCUUCCCUUCCACCACCCCCGCUCUUUACCCAGUCCCUUCCCUCUCCUCUCUUUCUCUAUCUCUCUCUCUGUCUCUCUCUCUCUUUCUCUCUGGCCUUCCGCCAUUAGUGUUAACUGCUAUAUUUGCACAAUUUACACAAGAUAGACAACAUUUUUAAUUUAAAAAAAGAAAGUAUAACAAAAAAGGGGGGGUGGGGAGGCUGGGUCUGGGGAAGGUCUGGGGCAGAAAGGUUCUAAAUUUUGCAACAAACUAACAAAACAACAACAAAAAAAAGCUUUUGGAGAAAAAGAAAAGAAAUCCAAGGGCCGAUACAGGGAGGUUCGGGGUGGAGGACGGGAGACCAGGAAGUGGGAGCAGUCCUGUGAGCUUUGAUAUUUCAUAAGAUUUUGUCCUGUGCCAUGUUUUAUUUGAAUGUUGUUUAGUGCAAGGAAAAAAAAGAAACAAAAAAACCAAACAAACAAAAAAAAAUAACCGUUUUGUUAGCUGGAUAGAUGCUCUAAUUUAAAUGCUGCUUAAAUGGUGUCUGAGGUAACCAUCCGAGAUGAGAAAGACCAGAAUGGAGGGGCACCCCGGCCUGUUUCCCUAGGGAGUGUGCUGUUGGAGGGGGUUUCAGAGGGAGGAGCAGCAUGGUGUCAGUGUCCUCCUCGUUUCCUUUCUUCACGUUGCUGUUUCUGUCUGGGGAGGGAAGAAGCCAAUUAUUUAUCCUGAGAGCUCUGUCCAGCUAAGCUGUUUCCCCAUCGGGAGCUUGUACUCCGUCUUUCCCUGUGAAAGAAGAGGGUCCCAUCUGCAUUCUCCACCCCAAAGGAAGCCCUCAGCAGACCUACUGGGCCAGCAGCCAUUGCCAAUGCACCUCUCAUCUGUGCCUCUCCAGUGCUCUGGCUCCAGGUCAAGGAGGUUAAUGCUUUGGAAGAUAGAGGUCAUGGGCUGCCCAGGUGGACAGGGAGCAAAGGUCUUUCAAAAGCCAGGGCAAAGGGAGAGUCAGGAAGGGUUUUGUUCAUCUUGGCCAUGUUUUCCUCCUUUGAGAAGGUUCACUCCUUACGUCCCUCUCACGUUCCUGGGGUGCUGAAUAUCUCGACAGAGCCUGCCGAUCCCACCUUCCUCUAGAGCAGCCUUCAUGAAGCUACGGUAAAGCUUCUGACUCGCACUUCAGCCUCUGCGCCCGGAGAGCUCUCCCAGCACCAUCCUGCCAGGUCCCCCUUUCAGAGCGGUGAGAGGCAUUAGUCAAAUACACUCGCUCUUUAACAAGGAGCAAGAUCUGAGGCACGAGGAGCUGUCAUCCUGCUGCUCUGCCGAUAACGAAGCCCUAACCUGCUGCAGCCUCAUAGUCCAAUUAGAAGCAGUUUUGACAGGAGCAACAUCAACGGAUUUGUUUCAGGUUAGGUCAAACAGAUCCCAGGCAUGGAAAGGGGGGUGGAGAAGCCUGGAAUUUUGACUGAGUGGUAAAAGCCUUUUCUCCACCCCCCCCCUCCCCCCCCCCCGUCAUCUUUUUUGUGCUGACUUAAGGGAAGGGCUCAGAUCCCCAAGGGAAAAGUUUAGAUCAUUAUUUCCUUGCAGAAGUCUUUAAAAGGCCUGCAGUGCCAAAUAAUGCUGUACUUUCUAGCUGCGUGAGCUCCAGAGCAGCUCCCUGGGGUAGAGGAGGGGAUGCUGUCAUGAGCAGUGAGCAUGAAAACCAAAUUCAGGGCAAACAGGGAAGGGCGUCUCCUUAGAGGUCCUGACCUGGUUUCCCUGAAUUCUAGGCCAUUUCUGAUCCCAGCUGCUCAGGAUCUGUUGGCACAAAAGGUCGUAGAGGCUUCUGUAGACUAAGCAGGUAGAUGUACUUCCCCAAGUAUAAAUUUACCUAAAUGGGGGGCAGACUGGCCUGCCUCUCUCUCUAAUCCUUUCCCCUAAGCCUAGGAACAGAUGGUUAGGAAGGGGUGUGGUUGGGUGGAGGAUGAUUGUUAUAUCUGUGUUCACUGCUUACCCAGAGGCGGUGGGAGUUUUUCCAACCGAGCGCUCAGAGGCACUGGUGAUGGGUAUUAUAGAAGGACCUUCCAGUAAAGGAUCAGGAGGCGGCGUGGAAGGGGGAGGUAGGAGGGACUGCGAAGUUUCUGCAGUGGCUUCUAUGAUGCUUCUGAAUAAUCUUGCUCUGUAUGUUGGUGGUUUACGCAGCUCCUAUCUCCUUUGUAUGUAUGCAGUAUAUACCCUACCCCUACCUGUUCUCUGCCUCACGGGAAUCACUGCAGCACAGUUGGAAAUAGCUCAGGUACUCAACAGGGCUGAUUCUCGGCACCCUUAACGAGAAAGGAGUGUCUUAGCCAGCAUCUGCAAGUAUCCCCCAGCCUUUGGUAGCUAGCCAGCUGAGAACGAGGUGCGGAGGCAAAAUCUUCCCAGGUAGACUCCCCCAGGCACCCUGUGGAGCCAGACCCAGCCAGGGAUGACUCGCUUCCCAGACCUUACCUUUCUCCUCCUUUCUCAUUCUUCCUUCCUCUCUCGCACCAUGUCCCUCCCUCCCUUCCCCUUCCGUUCUGUCUUUCGGGGAGAUCUCUGCCUUCUCUCAUUUCACAGCAAACCCAGGCCUCCGUCUCCUGGAAGCCUCCACUUGAAAUGUCCAAGCCUCUGUAUCAAGAAACGUACGCACCGAGGCGCAGCCCAGGUUCGGAGCAGGUGACCGCAACCUUCCACAAACUAUGAAAUGGUUUUUCUUUUCCGUACCAAGAAUCUGUUUUUGCAGCCUGGGCUGAGAAUGGAGCCAAACUACGCCAGAGAUGGGCUACUGCAAAAAGACAAAAUAUCAGCCCAGUUUCUAUUUGUUCCCUUAGAUCAUGAGUGUGGGGGGUGGGGGAAUAAUGAAGAUUUUAAUUAAAGAAAAGUGUGUAUAUAUAUAUAUGUGGUUACAAUCUAAUUGUUGUGCCCCAGUGGGGUGCUGUAUAGUUAACUGAAGGAGAAUCAAACCAAUAUAAAUAUGACAUGGAUUUACACAGCCAGUGGAAAAUACCAAAUGGUCUGGAAAAAAUUUCCAAGCAUUUCUCACCAAGCAGAACAAUCUUUUGAAGUCUGCACAUCUCUAAUUAUGUUGUAAUUCUGUUUUUUCUUUUUUUUUUUUAAUUAAAGAGGAGAAGCAGCUGAUGAUUUAAGGAGAAAAAACAAAAGCAACAAAAUAAUAGUAAUAAAAAAAAAAAAAUCCCAAACCUACAAAUCCUGAGCUGUCUCCAGAGUUGUGGGACCCGUGAGCUGUUGCAUGACUGUGCUAGAUUUUAGUCUGAGUUGAUCUUUUUAAGAAACAAAAAACGAGCAAAAAAAAAAAAAAAAAAAAAGGAAAAAAAGAAACCCUGCAAGUGUUGAAUACUAGAGGUUUGUUUAGACCCGGUUUGUUUGGUUCUUGUUUUUUAAUUUUGGAAUUAAUUUGUCACUUUCUUGUCAGAAAACAAUAGAUUUGACUUCAGUGGUUUACUUCUUACAAAAUGGUACUCAAAGAGCCUUAAAGGACAGCUGUGUGUCAGCAGGCCCCAAAACAGUGGUUACUGCUCUCUCACUUGCUCUCUGGGGAUCCUCUUUAGCUAUAGCAGAGGGAAGAAAUCUGCCGGUGGAGCUGUAUCAUGGGCCGUGCAAUGUUCCCCCGGGGGGUACUUCAGAUAAUUGAAAGCCAGAUCCUCAGCGAGUUGGAAACAGUGACUCUGCUGACUGCCACGGCACUGAGGACCUGAUAUUUAACAUCUAGGAUGUUUUGAAAAGAGAUUCAGGGACCACAUUGACCUAAUAUUUUUCCUUUUCUCCAUCCUGUUUGGUUGAGCCUGGAUUGUCGGCACGUUCAAGGACAGUUCAGCCAACCUCACUAGGGGUUUCUACCCACCGCUCUGGCACAUGGUCAGUACUGAUCCAUCUGAUGAAAGGGGCACUUCUUGCAGAGAGGUUGCUUUAUCAUCCUUUUCCCCCACAGUGACUCAAAUCAGUAGCCAGUUGUAGAAGGCAUGUCUAAAAACAACUGGUCUUGCACUGGCCGCCCUUGAAUGAUGUUCAGAAAGCGGAAGGGUUCACUUCGUGGGUUUCCACAGGCUCCAAUCUUGUGUCAGCCUCUGCUGUGUCCUUCAGGAGGAGAUUUUGGGCCCCAGCUGCUGCUCCCAGGAGAAAAAGGCCUCCACACGUGUCCAAAGGCAGUUCCUUUACACUGAAGAGUGCUGGGGUGCAAUGGCAGAAAUACUCCCCCAAGAAAAAAAUCCCUGUUCAUACCCUCUCUCCAGUUCCCAGAGGGAGGGGCUGGUUUUCAAGGGCUAAGGGCAUACUGGAUCCAUAGUGUGUGUACUCACACUUCUGGUAUGUGUGAGGGCCUAGUUGGAAAAGCUGCUGCUCACUUGUGUGCUCAGGCUAGGUGCCCAGACAUACACAUUUCCCUGUGCAAAUCUGUGCACUUGUGUCAUGGCAAACCAGGCCUCAAAGCUUUGUGAGGGCACUUUCUAGGCUAUAACCGGGUUGCUCGUGUUCUUUGGUGGGGCAGAAAGCAUGUGAAUCUCCAUGCUCUGAGCCAGCUUCAAAUUCACCCUAUGCAGGGGGUGCCCUGGGCCUGGAUUUUGCUUCAGCUGCUGUAGAGGGGCAGAGGAAGUGGGACAGCAGUAAAACCUAGAUUUCAAUCUGGAAGUUCAGGUCCAGGCCUCUCUUGGAAAAGGAGGGACUCUGGAAAAGAGCUGGGAUAGAGGGAGGGGAAGCUGAGUGAGAAGCUUGCUGUGUUCUUGUUGCAUAGCAGUGCGUUAACCUACCCAUGUAUUUUGCCAUGCCCCUGUUUCUCCUAAGCACAAAAUAGUGCGGGUAGGAGCCUUUCUCCUUUCCUGUUGGCCUGUCUGAGUCGGCCAACUUCCCCAUGCCCUUAUGCAAGACUUGAAUUAGUGACACCGAUAAACUGGGCAGGAAGAAUAACCAGCUGACAAGGAAAGGAGAUGGGGCUCUUCAGUGUGGGAUUGUCAUAGUAGGGAGGAAACAAUCUGAUGUUUAACAUGGAGAUGGUGUGGAUCCAGGAUUUCCCAAAUGGAGGUAUGGAAGCAGCAACCUGCACUGCAGGGUGGUUGCACCCCCUGCUCCCAGCCUCCGCCCCCACCAGAGCGGGUAGACCGUGCCAUGGGAGCCCCAGGGACUUUGAGCAGGAAAGGGAAGGAAGUGGGUAUUUUUACCUGAUUUGGGGACUUUACAGAGGCAUACACCUCUCCCUUGCUUGUGCCCCCGCAACUCCCUUGCCUGCCACUGCUGCUUUCUUGACUGUUCAGAGGCUGGGCCCAGCUGGGGAGGGGUCACAGGCCACAGUGUGGUGGGAGAGUUGUUCCCCCCACCCUGCCUAGUCCCCUAGGAGCAGGCAGGGGAAGGGGAGCCCCCCAUAUCCCCAGCUGCUGUCCCUUCUGCAGCUGAGCCCAGCCCCCCCACAGGCAGGAAGGGCUCUGGUGCUUCCCCCCCCCCCAAGUAGGGAAAGCAGCAGGCUGGAGAGGGGGGAAAGAUGAGAGGAGGGCUGUGCCUCUGAGCGGGAAGGGAGAGGGGGUUUUUACCUGCUUUAGGGACUUCAAAAAGUGCCCAGAGGCUUCCAUGGGGCAGUCCAAUCCAAAGGGGUGCAUUCAUGCCACUGCAACCCCUCUGGAUCUGCCCCUGCACAGAGUGACAUAUAUUGAUGGUUGGACUCUCAUAAACACCUUGUCUGCUUUCUGUCACUGCAUGAGCAGGUGUCACCCUCUCAGCCCCAGCACUGAUGGGACAUGUCCAGGAUUCCUCAUUGAGUAUCAUGCCAGGCCCAGAAACAGGUGCAGUGCCCAGCGCAGAGAAGUCUCUUCCUUCUUCCCCUCCUCACUCUUCUCCUGUGGCAUUUCUGGCAGGAGCUUGCAGAUUCUUGUCAUUUUUUUCCACCGAAGGCCCCCCAGCCCGUGGCUGCCAGCAGGUCCAUUACAGUCUACUUACUGCUGUUCCCAGCUGCUGGGGGUGCUGAACGGUGUCUCCGUGCCUGGGUACUUGUUUGAAUACUCUCCGUUGACUCCUGAGUUUUCUGGUGCUACUCUUAACCGUUCGUGUCUAACGCCAAAGGUGCUUCAUCAUGCUCAGGCUUCUGCCUGGCACCUCAACCCUUUCUUCUGGCCUUCAAAACUGAGCCACAGUCAAUGCAGGGUCCAGGGGACAGCGGCAGUGAGGCAGAGAUCUACUGACUUGGUGAAUGGAUCUUUGUUCUCAUCCUGCUGAAAAUGAAAAGAGGCCAGGAAAAGCCUACUCCAACCCCAGGUGCCCAGAAGCCUUCUCCCAGAGCUGAAGCUUGGGCCCUUAACUCCAUGAGGGGACAGACCAGACAAUGUAGACGAUAGCUGCCCCUGUGCUCGAGCUCCCACUCUUUGGUCAGGUCUUUCUGUACUUGCUGCUGCUGUUAGGGAGUUAGACCAUAGGAAACAAUCCUGCACUGACCAGGAAUGGGAGUGACUGCACAGGCCAACAGGUCGGGUCCUUCUCCAGUCUCCUCUGGUUCAGGACAACAUUCUUGCACUUCCAUUUUCAUUUGGCAUUAGAUUUUAAAAGCAACCAUCCUUCAGAAGUGCCCCUUACACCAAAUGCCUCUCCGUGGCCCCCCAUCCACUCAGCUCCUUGGGGCAGUGGUCUCAUUCUGCCUUCUUUUGGAAGGAGCCAACUUGCAAUUAGCUGUCCUUUAAGAAAACGGGAGAACUCCCCUCCCCUCCCCAACAAAACCAACAAAAAGCUGAGAAUUUACAAGUCAACUCCAGAGUCCUGAUAACUUUACAUGAUUGUUUCAGACUUGAAGCAACUGGCCAGUGUGUGGCUGGUCAACGGCCUUCGGUCGUGUAAAUAUCCUGCUAUUUCCUAUUUUAAUGUUCUUCAGAUUUAGUACUUGUAAAUAAACACGCGCAUCAAGGAGAGAUUAAACAUUUUUGCUAAA